AUGGUUAUGGUUUCAGAGCUUUGCUUGCCGGCCUUUUUGGUCCUCAAGAUAUGUGGGAUGGUUGCACGCAGCGCUCGCAGGAGCAAGGCUAUGCUGGGCUUCGCCUUGCUGAUAGGUGUCGUUGCGUGGAACCACGACUUGGUGCAAGGCUUCAGCCAUACACGGCCCCACAAUGUGCCCUUCAACAUGCGGGAGCGGAUGCUGAAACGGCCCAAAGAAUGUUUUAAAGGCCGCACUGGCCGAUCAGAGCGAGAUCAAGACUUGUAUUUCGCCAACUGGCCAUUAGGCUUGUCCGGACGAUCGUUAAGCGGAAGGAAUCCUAAAUUUGGACACUGGCGCAAAGUGCUGAAGGAUUCACGCACGUCCAAGAUGUUGCUGAAGAGGUUGGACACUGCCAUAAGCAAAGGUGAGGUAGAUGCUAGCGUGAUCAGUUCCGCCAUGCAAAAGUGCGGUUACAAUUGCUGGUGGGAGACGCUGAUGGAAGUUGACAAACGUCAGAAACACUGCAAGAUACGGCAAGAUAGUCUACAGGCACGAAUCUUUUUGACUGCGAUGGCAUCAUGCCUCAAACGCAGUACCCUUCCGGAUGCUCUUCUGGCAACUCGACGCCACAAGGCUCUCUCACUGGGCAAGUCCGUUUGGGCAGCUAUGCCCCCGCCGAUGUCUGAGUUUGAUUUUAACCCUGCUAUCAGUAGUGCAUGGAACCUAUGCACUGCGGUUGGGCCAGAAUCUCUGUCAUGGGCGAAAGAGAUUGCAGAAUGGGCAGACACUGUUCCACAUGGCAAGGACAUUCUGUCCUACACGAACUUGCUAUCAAUACUGGAGCAAUGCGGCCAGUACGGCGAAGUAGAUUCUCAUCUGAGAGAGAUGUCCCAUUCCAGGAGCGUUUCUGCGAACGAGGUGCUUCUCGGCAACUUGAUCAACGAAGCAGCUGCUGUGCAUAACUGGAAGAGGGCAGACGACAUUUGGAAGCUGCUAGUUCACAAACUAAAUGUUGAGCCCAACCGCAUCGGUUACACGGCAUAUGCAAAGGUACACCUUCUGUCAGGCAGGCCCGCGACAGCCAUACAGGUUUUGGACUCCAUGGUUGAUGCAGGCUUGGGAGCGUCUGGAAGGACACGAGAGUCGAAACUGUACCUGCAAGCACUGAUGCUCCUUUGUCAUUCGAGCCCUUCCCGGCCACGACUUUCCGACUUAAAGGCUCUACUGCUCAAGACUCCCUUCUUGAAGAAGCUGCAUCGCAUCUGCAGGAGGCUGAUUGCAAUGCCCUCCUCUUUGUCCCUGCAUGAGAUCCUGUGCGACGUCAGGCGGGAGAGUUUGAUGGCUCGGUGGCCUAAUUACAAGGCCGGAUCUGGGUAUCUUCCGAGAGACGUUCCUUAUGGGAAACUCUCCAAGAGCUUCUUGCGAAGUGCCGACAGCAUA